GUCUCUGUGGACAGGCAGUGAUCAACGAGCAACGACGAUAAUUAUAACGAAUACCACGUAGACCACUUAACGGACUGCUACCCAUCUUCUCCUUUCUUGCCGACUACAUCUGAGCGACAACAGGUUAUUCAGCACCGUUCUUGGAAGCUUGAAGAGGUCUUCCUCGGCGACUAGGACUACCCGCUUGUAACUCCAGUGCAAUCCCGAAUCAUAAAGAACACGGCCCAAAUCGCACAAUCGUCGUCACCCCUAAAUACAUGCCCUCUUUACUCUCUUCGCCGGUGGCGUAUCCUCUGACAUCUUCCCCUCCUGCCGCCAAACGGCCUCUGCCAGCCGAAGCACCUACAAGCCGACCUAAGAACCUUGGAGCCUUUGUUGAUGGCGAUUCGGACGACGAGGAGGAUGACUUUCGGAUUGACGAGCCCGCAGCAAAGCGGCGUAUGCUUGAAGCAGACAAGCUGUUGCCGAAUUCCCUCGCCAAACCUUCCCGCAUAACAGAAGACGACAAUGAUGACCUAGUUGGAGCAUCUACGGGUUAUCAGGCGCAUACGGAUAUUUUCAAUGCACCAGUCUUAAAUAAGGACCAAGAACAAUUGUAUUCGCCAAUUAUGCCGUCUUUCCUACGCAAGUCUGCUGGUCUGAAAGAGGGAUAUACCUGCUCUGGCAAAAUGCUCAACAUCAAGCAGAGGCAGAAAACUGCUGCUGUGCCUUAUGAAGAAAUGGUCGCAGCAAGAUCAACGACAAAAGCUGGGAGGGCAAAGAAGAGUUACUACGGAAUAGACAUACACCAGCUGGUUGAAGACGCCACAAAAGAAAUCCGACAGAAGAAAACGGAAAAGCCUGUUGCGCCAGAAGUUCCACUGCCAUCCGUGGAACCGGUGUACCAUACUAGGCGGACACCAAUGUGGACAGAGAAGUAUCGGGCACGCCGCUUUUUCGACCUUGUCGGCGAUGACAGAACACAUCGCGACGUUCUGCGCUGGCUUAAGGGGUGGGAUCCCAUUGUCUUCCCGCGAUCCGGGAAGCCAAAGCCAGUCUUGUCCAAGAAGCCUGGGAUGCACGGCGAGCAGGAAGAGAAGCCACACCGAAAGAUUCUUCUCCUUACUGGGCCACCGGGGCUUGGUAAGACUACACUGGCCCAUGUCUGUGCUAUGCAAGCGGGCUACGAGAUUAUGGAGAUCAACGCGAGCGACGACCGAAGCGCAAAUGUGGUCAAGGGCAGAAUACGUACCAGUGUUGGCACAGAAAGUGUCAAGAAUGUCGGCGCAAAGCCAAAGGAUGGCCACAAACCCAAAGCAGUUCGGCCUGUUUGCGUGGUAGUUGAUGAAGUCGACGGGGUUGUAGGAGGGUCAGGCGGCUCAGGGGAAGGCGGUUUCAUCAGGGCGCUGAUUGAUUUGGUUCAGCUGGACGCAAAGAAUGCUGUGCCCAGGGCUACAGUGGCUAAACCGGGCAGGAAGAAGAAGGAAGACGAUUUCUUCCGCCUUUUACGGCCAAUGAUUCUUAUCUGCAACGACGUCUAUCAUCCUUCACUCAGACAACUUCGCCAGUCCUCUUUUGCGGAAGUAAUCCACAUCCGGAAGCCACCCAUUGACGCCGUUACUGCACGCAUGAAACACGUCUUUGAGAAGGAAGGUGUGGCUUGUGAAGCUGAUGGAGUUCGCAGACUCUGUGAAGCAACAUGGGGCCUAUCCCCCGGUCCCGAAGCCAAGUUCGAAUCUUCAGGCACAGAAGGUGAUCUUCGCAGCGUUCUCGUCGUUGGCGAAUGGGUAGCCAGGAAACUAAAAACCGACACCAGCAGCAAGCCAAAACUGACCAAGAAAUGGGUCGAGGCCAAUAUGGCUAGCAUGCUAGGCUAUGGCGGCGGAGGCACUCGCGGUGUUGUAUGUGGCGGAGCCAAAGAAAUCGUUUCUCGCGUCUUCCUCACCGGCGCAGGGUUCCCCAAGCCUACCAUGUCGGCGAACGCUUCCGCGAGGCCCAAGGAUGCUAAGAUGCCCCGUGAGAGGCUUCACACCGCCGAAGUUGCGAAGAAGGCGGGCAUGGAACGGAUCCGCGAGAUGGUUGAUACGAGUGAUGAGUCUGAUCGCAUCAUGAGCGAUAUCUUCAGCACAUACCCCACGCAACCCUUCAACGACGAUUCAAUCCUUUCGAAACCAGACGCGGCGCAUGAAUGGUUCCACUUCUACAACGCGUGCAGUAAGGGAGUGUAUCAAGAGCAGAGUUGGGAGUUGAUGCCUUACCUCAGCCAGCCCAUUUUGGCGUGUCACAACCUAUUCGCAAGCUCGACGAGACGGCCUGUUCAGGAAUAUGAAAAGAAGAGAACAGAUGACGAUGGAGAGGCGGAGGUGGAAAUCCCAUUCACUGGCCCUAGAGCAGAUUACGAGGCGACUGAGGCGAAGAAGCUGAAUCGUGCAAUGCUGGUCGAACUACAAGACAGCCUGCGGGAUGAGCAUCAUCUCUUCAGAGAGCAGAACGCCACGCUUCUCCGAUCAUUCAGGAGCCCGGAAGAUAUGGCGACAGACUUACUGCCUUACCUGGUCCGGAUUCUCAGCCCAGAUGUGAAGCCGGUUGUCGUAGGCGGCAGUGGAGAUUCCAAGGGCAUCGCGAGCGUCAGGAAAGAAGGCGAACGCGAGAUGGUGAAGCGCGCUGCGGAUGUCAUGGCUUCCAUCGGCGUCACCUACCAGCGCGGGAAGCUAGAGGGGGAUUUCGGAAGUAGAGGCACACAGUGGGUGUACAGGAUGGAGCCACCCUUGGAUACCCUCGUCGACUACCCCACCGCAGGCUCCGAAUCCUCCUUCUCCUCCGCCGCCCCCAUCCGCUACGCCGUCCGCCAAGUUCUCGACCAGGAAUACCAGAAAGCCAUGAAACUAAUGGCCAACGCCACGCGACAGAUGCGGUUUAAGGAGGGGAACCUUCUGGGCGAGGAUACGACGUAUACUUUUAAAACGGGGUAUGGGGGGAAACCUAAGCCGGUGGAUACGCAUGAGAAUCCGCUGAAGGUUAAGAAGGAUUUCUUUGGGGGGGUGCUGAGUGUUAGGGCUGGGCCGUUGGGGGAGGUGGAUGGGAAUGCGCAGAGGCUGAAGGGGGAGGGGGAGAAUAAGGUUUGGGUUACGUAUCAUGAGGGGUUUUCGAAUGCGGUGAGGAAGCCGAUUACGCUUGAGGGGUUGUUGGGGGGGUUGUAG